CAGUUCACUCAGAAAGUGUUGAGUAUUGUCAUGGUAUGUUAUUAAAAAUACAUCUUUUAAAAUAAAUUAACAUAUUCACUUACGUAACAGAAAAAUUACCCUAAUUUCAUAUUUUUAUUAAUUUUCCAUGCGUUCGACAUACUUACAAAUUACACUUUUAAAUACAAAACUAAUAAUAAAAAAAUGGAUCUGCAUCGAGAACAUUUUCGUGCUAUGAUUUAUUACGAUUUUAAAUGUAACUUCAAACCUGAUGAGUCAUUUGAUCGAUUUCGAACUGCUUUUAUGGAUCAAGGACCUUCAAUAGCAACCAUCUACCGCUGGUGUAGCUAGUUCAAACGCGGUCGUCUUACUUUGGGGGAUGAACAGAAGAGUGGUCGUCCUACGACAGCUGUCACCAAAGAAAGUGCGCUGGCAGUAAAAAAAAAUAUAAUUCAAGAAAACAGACGAAUUACGUAGGAAGCGAUUCAGCAUACUCUGCAGAUUGAAGCAGUGAUAUAAUACAAAAAUUUGAUGCAGACGCGUUUACGAUAUUGUGACAGGUGACGAAUCCUGGAGUUAUCAAUGCAAUGUGAUCCAAAAACAAAGCGUCAGUUGACAGUUUGGCUGUUUCAAAAUGAACCAACGCCUACGAAAGUGAAGCGAUCGAGGAGCGCAAGGAAAAUGUUGAUCGCUAGUUUCUUCACUUUAACGGGGUACCUAAUUUCAAUUUCACUUUGAGACCAAAGCAGCAUCAACGCCGUAUGGUUUAGCACAAAAUGCCUGCCAGAAUUUUUUUCUGCAAUGAGCAACAAGCGACCUAACACCGGUCUCCGCGGGUUCCUUCUUCACCACGACAACGCGCCCGCGCACUCUGCAAUCAAAACGAAGGACGCCCUGGACUCCACACCAGUCAGAGAGUUUAGGGACACCCUCCUUACAGUCCUGAUUUCGCUGCGUGUGAUUUCUUUUUAUUCCCUAAAAUAAAUAUCAGCCCAAAGGGAAGCGCUAGCAGCGUUUGAGAAGGCCGUGGAAGAGGUGUCUGCGGAGGACUGGAAAAAAUCUUUUGAAAAUUGGUUCAGACGCACGAAACUUUGUAU